CCGGCAGCGGCCCGAGCUGGGACGGGCCGGGACGCGGGAUGGUGGGGGAAGGGGCGUUCCCCGCGGCCGCGCCUUCCGCGGCUAUUGGAUUAGUGGCCUUCAGGGAUGAGCUCAGCCGGAUCGGCUUUCAGCUGCAGCCUCCGGGCCGGCCGGGAAGGCGGGGAGCGGGCGGCGGUGGAGAAGGAGGGGGAGGCGGCGGCGGCGGCUGCAGCAUCCAGAGCUGGCCGCGGCGGCCGGCGCUCUCUGCGCACAAAGGCGCCCAGCCCCUGGGGAGGGCGAUGAGCGCACCGCUGCCCGGGCCGGGGCCCUAGCUCCAGCUACCGCUGCUUGCGCCCAGGGCACGGAGGAGGACUCAGGGCGCGCCAAGGGCCGGCGGCCGAGGCGCGGCCCGUGAGACCCGAGCUCGGCACUCGCCGCCCUUUGGGUCCGGCACAGAGCUUCGGAAGGGCUGGAGAGGUGGCUUCCGCGCACCCCAGGGAUCCGCGCAGCAAGGCGCUCCCCCACUCCCACCCGACCUCCCUAGCCCGAGCACCAACUUCCCCAAGAACGCUCCAACUCCAGGCCACCCUGCCGGGCAGAGGGAGCGCUGCUGCGGGGCACCAGCCGUGAGGACGCUCCCCUAGCCUCGGGGAGCGAGUCUGCAUCUUCAGGGUCGCUGGUGCGCCCCUGAGUGGGCGGCGGCCGCAGACGCCUCUCCCGAGAGCCCAAGACCUGAUAGCGCUGGCGAUUCUUCACCGGCAGGCGUUUGCCCUCUCUUUUAUGGAGCUUGGGCCCUUGCCCCAGCCCGGUAGAGGCUGUGGAGGUGUACCGUCUGAAAGCCUGGUUUCCAGGCCCCUGGCCCAUCCCUGGCUACAGGGAGUGGCAGCUCCCACAAGGUAGCGGUGGCCUGCAGCGGUGGCCCCUCCUGGCCGUGAACCAUGGGCCAGAAGCUCUCAGGGAGCCUCAAGUCAGUGGAGGUUCGAGAGCCGGCACUGCGGCCGGCCAAGCGGGAGCUGCGGGGAGCGGAGACCGGGAGGCCUGCGCGGCUGGACCAGCUGCUGGACAUGCCGGCGGCGGGGCUGGCUGUGCAGCUGCGGCAUGCGUGGAACCCUGAGGACCGCUCACUCAAUGUCUUCGUCAAGGAUGACGACCGGCUCACCUUCCACCGCCAUCCCGUGGCCCAGAGCACGGACGGCAUCCGCGGCAAGGUGGGCCACGCUCGCGGCCUGCACGCCUGGCAGAUCCACUGGCCGGCUCGGCAGCGGGGCACCCACGCCGUAGUGGGUGUGGCCACGGCUCGGGCACCCCUGCACUCAGUGGGCUACACAGCGCUGGUGGGCAGUGACGCCGAGUCGUGGGGCUGGGACCUGGGCCGCAGUCGCCUUUACCACGACGGCAAGAAUCGGCCCGGAGUGGCCUACCCGGCCUUCCUGGGGCCAGAGGAGGCCUUCGCGCUGCCAGACUCGCUGCUCGUAGUGCUGGACAUGGACGAGGGCACCCUCAGCUUCGUCGUGGAUGGCCAGUACCUGGGCGUGGCCUUCCGUGGUCUCAAGGGCAAGAAACUGUACCCAGUAGUGAGUGCCGUGUGGGGCCACUGUGAAGUCACCAUGCGCUACAUCAAUGGCCUUGACCCUGAGCCCCUGCCGCUGAUGGACUUGUGCCGGAGAUCUAUCCGCGUGGCCCUGGGCCGCCAGCGCCUGCAGGACAUCGGCUCGCUGCCCCUGCCUCAGUCUCUCAAAAACUAUCUGCAGUACCAGUGAGCUGUGUUGGGGGGCGCUGAGGGGCUGCAGUGGGCACCCCCGCUGGCCCUGCCUUUCAUUUCACCGUCACACAAUACAUUCAGGAAGGGGUCUUCCUCCUCACCCCGGUUCCCCAGAACUUUCAGUUUUUGAAAGGCAAAGACAUGUUCCCAACUUUAAAAAUGAAUGUCUGUUGCCAACAGUAUUUGCUGCCUGAGAAGCAGCUCUCUCACGUCAAGACACCUCCUUGGAAGCCACGAGGAAACCUGGAGCCUGCUUCCAGAGGAGGUCCCGCCUGCCCACCAGGACCCGGCAGCCACCGGUAUUGAUCAGAGAGCCUGUUUCUAUAUUCAAGAAAAUGAAUAAAACAUUGGGGCAGGAGACUCUAGAGUGUGCCUGGUGCAGACAGGGCCAGGGAGGAUUGGCCGCUCCAGGAGAAAAUUGAAUCUGAAUAAUGAAUGAGGAAAGCGGCGUGAUGUGCGCCCCUCUGGGCUUCCACCCGUUGCCAGGGCAGCGGGAUUGUCGUGACACUUUAGGACUCUGUGCCCCUUUGCAGGACGAUUACCCAGGGAUGCUCGAGGAGGCAGACCUGGCAGUGUUUGAACACGUUCCAGCUUACCUCUUUGAAAGUCGUUUACUCAUCCCUGUUCCAUGCCCUCCUUCUCCACUGCGGACCCCUCUUUGCCCCAGGCACCUCUAUUCAGGGAAGCUGAGUCUGACUAAUUCACCCCAGGGACAGAGUGUUUCCUUUAUUAUUAUUUUUAAGUAGUGUUGCAUUUUAAAAGAGGAGUAUGGUGAGUGAGGGCAGUACUUAGUCCAAAGGUGCUAAUGGGGGAAUUAGGGGCCUGUGACACCCAAGUGGAUGAUGUCCUUGGCCUGGGGAGCCUUCUUGGGGGGUCUCUAGGCAACUGUCCACUCAGGAUGCAGCCUGGUUGCCACAAAGCUUUAUUUGAGCGAAUUAUUUUUUCACUUUACGGGAUUUAGACGAGUUUGUUUCUGUUUCAAAUGUGUGUGUGAUAUGCUGUUUAUUUAUCAGCUUGGGACCCGUAGGGACAGCCUUGUAACUGGAAGGGUGGAUGUGGGAGGCGCCUUCUCCGUCCACUCCGAGCCUGGUCCUCUCCCGGGAACAAUGCUGCUGCCACCACCUCCGCUGGGCGCCUCUCCUAUGUUUCCAGUGCUCUCUGCCCAGACUCAUUUUUAACUGGAAAUUGUCACAGCAGUGGAAUCCCAGAGCCCCAGGUGGCACUGCCUCCCCCCACUUUAAUGUGAAUUUGACUGGUGAAUGAGGAGCGUUUCUAAUAAAGUUUGUCGUUCAGUC